AUGGUCAACAGGGGCCACGGGACCGAGCCGGACCCGUGGAUGCUGGAUCCGGAACUGCGGCACCACAUCCAGAACUGCCCAUGUCCCUGCAACCAUAUGGGCUACGGGAACUAUUUAGAUUAUCAGAUUGCGCCAUGCCCUCGUGAGCUGCCUGUGAGAGAAACAUCUUUCAAUGUAGUGCCUCAAUAUUACAAUGGUGUUCGAGAUUUCCAUUAUCAGCCGUACGACUACCACGCCAGCUCGUCUCUCGAAUCGUGCUCUUGCAGCUCGGCCAGCGAUUCCUCGAGGACCUCGUUCCGCGGCCCCUGGUGCGUCUGCAUCGUGGUAUGCGUAGUAGUCGCCACGCUAACCGCUGGCCUAGGGCUCCCACUCGCGUUCAACCCCGACAUGCAACCACAAACUCCCGAAGAGCGUUUAGAGAUAGUGCGAAAGCUUCUAAAGGACACCCCGCUUAUCGACGGGCACAACGACCUGCCCUGGAACCUGAGAAAGUUCGUUCACAAUAAUUUAUUGAAACUAAACCUUAGCGCAAUAAGCCAGCAAGAGCCUUGGUCGAAGAGCCUCUGGUCCCACACGGAUAUCCCCCGCCUUCGAGCGGGACAACUAGGUGCUCAGUUUUGGUCAGCUUAUGUGCCUUGUAAAGCGCAGCAUUUGGAUGCGGUGCAAAUUACCUUAGAACAAAUAGAUGUAAUAAAGAGACUGGUGGAAUACAAUUCGCAGCAUUUCGCUUUAGUUAGGAGUACUAGCGAGCUAAAGCAGAUGCACAAAGAGGGACGCAUAGCUUCUCUGAUAGGUGUCGAGGGCGGUCACGCCCUCGGCAACUCUCUAGCUGUCUUACGCACAUUUUAUAACCUUGGGGCGCGAUAUCUGACAAUUACACACUCUUGUGAUACGCCUUGGGCCACAGGCACCAACACCCAGACGCGAGAUGGGCUGUCGGCCUUCGGGAAGAGCGUGAUAAAAGAGAUGAAUCGACUGGGGAUGAUAAUCGAUCUCUCCCAUACAUCUAUGAACACUGCCAAAGCGGCGCUGAACGCGUCUCAAGCGCCCGUUAUUUUUUCACACUCGAGCGCCUUUUCGUUGUGCAACUCUUCCAGAAACGUACCGGACGACAUUCUGAAGCUCAUCGCGCACAACGGGGGCGUCGUUAUGGUUAAUUUUUAUACGCUUCAUGUUACUUGUAACGAAACUGCCACUAUACAAGACGUAAUAAAGCAUAUAAACCACAUACGGACUGUCGCUGGUAUCGACCACGUCGGGAUAGGGGCGGGGUAUGAUGGUAUUAACAUGACGCCGUCAGGACUCGAAGACGUCUCCAGGUAUCCUCAUCUCCUAGCCGAGCUCUUGGCUGAUCCUUCUUGGUCUGAGAAGGAUAUCGUAUCUCUGGCAGGGCUCAACAUACUGAGGGUAUUCGAAAAAGUAGAGGAUAUACGAGAUAAAUGGAAACUUGCUGAUAUAUUGCCUGUAGAAGAUACUGCGCCACCUGUACACAAUCCAUGUUCCUCAAUAUACUCCUGA